ACUGCGAUGGAGGAGCUGAAGGACUUCGCAUAUACCGCUUAUGCCACUGGCUUUAACAGCAUCUCUUCGUAUGGACAGCAGUCAGAGCUCAGCAUGACUAAUCCUCAAAGUAUUCCUCACUUGAGGACAAACUGGGAUUGGAGCACCAUGAAAGAGUCAGUCCACAGCAGCACUUACUGACAAAGAGGACUGCAUUUCCAAAUCUCAAUCAAACCUGAGCCUCUCUAUAGGCUAUUUCCCCUAUGAGAACACCAUUGACAGGAAGGACAUUACAUCUUCUGAAGACUCAACUUCUGAGUGUUCUUCCUGCCACUUCCUUCCUCCUGACCAAGAGUCAUGGGUGACUCAAAGUGGAAGGAUGCCCACUGGGAGACAAGAACAAAUUCAGGACGACCCAGAGCAGCUUUGUAAACCCAUCAUCCAGGCAGUGGAUAUUGAUCCGGGCUCCCACUAUGAAGACUCAAGAGCUACUCUGGAUCUAAAUAGAGACUACCAGAGAACAGAGAGGAUAAACCAGAAUCUCGGGAAACUUCACGAUCUAGUGAAAAACCUUAAGGAACUUCUAGACGAUCAGAAAGAUGACAAAGACGAUGAUCUUGUGUUCUCUGGUUCUCCUCAGGACGAGGAUCUCCAGCAGUCCAGUAGCACCUCUCCCGACAUGUAUCAGGUCUGUUGUCAAGAAUGUGAAGCUUGUCAGGCCCUGCUCAAGUGCAAUCCAUCAGAAAAUGAAGACAUCAGCUUAUUUCCAGAAAUUUCACCCAGCCUGGAAGAAGAUGAACUUGUUGAGUGAUAAGCCAGGAGACUGGCACUGCAGACAGCCUCUCAGUCUCAGCAGGGCAGCCAAAGGAGGAAGACUCCCCUUCCCAUUCGGGAACCACAUCCUGUCUGAACAUCAGGUUCAUCAUCCACUGGCUCAGGAAGCGAGUGGUUUUCUCCCUGCCACGAAGAAAGCGCCCUGACACGGCCCACAAGGACCCCAGUCUUCUGGAAUCAAAGAAACAAGGUUUGCUUAGAGGCAAGAGAACCCAAACUCGUAAUCCCACAAGUUAGGAAACCCUAUAUAUCCCCAAUUUUAAAUUUUUUCACAACCUCUACUCAAUAGUACUCAUGGUUUUGUUUUUUCCCCAAUAAAAAAUGUUGUUACGUC